UCAACAGGGAGCAGAGAGAAAAAAAGAGUCUGUCGUUUUCCUGCUCCUUCUUCUUCUUCUACUCUGGACAUCCUCAUUCUUUUCUUAUCCAGUAUUGCAAAAGAUGGCCGAUACUGAGGAUAUUCAACCCCUCGUCUGUGACAAUGGAACCGGAAUGGUGAAGGCUGGUUUUGCUGGUGAUGAUGCUCCCAGGGCAGUUUUUCCCAGUAUUGUCGGUCGACCCCGACACACUGGGGUCAUGGUUGGGAUGGGCCAGAAGGAUGCCUAUGUAGGAGAUGAAGCACAAUCUAAAAGAGGUAUUCUUACAUUGAAAUAUCCCAUUGAGCAUGGUAUUGUCAGCAACUGGGAUGAUAUGGAAAAGAUCUGGCAUCAUACAUUCUACAACGAGCUUCGUGUUGCUCCUGAGGAGCAUCCCGUGCUUCUCACGGAGGCACCUCUCAAUCCCAAAGCCAAUAGAGAAAAGAUGACUCAGAUCAUGUUUGAGACCUUCAAUGUACCUGCCAUGUAUGUUGCUAUCCAGGCUGUUCUCUCACUGUAUGCCAGUGGUCGUACAACAGGUAUUGUGCUGGAUUCUGGUGAUGGUGUUUCUCACACUGUGCCAAUCUAUGAGGGGUAUGCCCUUCCCCAUGCCAUCCUCCGUCUGGACCUUGCUGGCCGUGAUCUUACUGAUGCUUUGAUGAAGAUUCUUACUGAGAGAGGUUACAUGUUCACCACCACUGCUGAACGGGAAAUUGUCCGUGACAUGAAGGAGAAGCUUGCAUAUAUUGCCCUGGACUACGAGCAGGAACUGGAGACUGCCAAGAGCAGCUCUUCUGUUGAGAAGAAUUAUGAGUUGCCUGAUGGACAAGUCAUUACUAUCGGAGCUGAGAGGUUCCGCUGUCCUGAAGUCCUCUUCCAGCCAUCUCUCAUCGGGAUGGAAGCUGCUGGAAUCCAUGAAACUACCUACAACUCCAUCAUGAAGUGUGACGUGGAUAUCAGGAAGGAUCUCUAUGGCAACAUUGUGCUUAGCGGUGGCUCAACUAUGUUCCCUGGUAUUGCAGACCGAAUGAGCAAGGAGAUCACUGCCCUUGCUCCAAGCAGCAUGAAGAUCAAGGUAGUUGCACCACCAGAGAGAAAGUACAGUGUCUGGAUUGGAGGAUCUAUCUUGGCAUCACUCAGCACCUUCCAGCAGAUGUGGAUUUCCAAGGGCGAGUAUGAUGAGUCCGGUCCAUCCAUUGUCCACAGGAAGUGCUUCUAAGUCGUCUACAAGUGAUUUGAUGGUGAGUUACAUUUAAUGUUUAGUUGGUUUCUCGUGUCCUGUAUCAAGUGAGCUCAAAGUCUGGCUGAUGUGGGGAAAUGGAGGUAAGCCUUUUAUCUGUUAUGAGUCCCGCUGGUGUCACUGUGAUAGAGAUGAUGGCCUUCUGGAGGUGGUGGCGAGCCGGACAAUUGGUGCUUUCUUUUCAUCUUUCAACCAUGUUUGUAGCUGGAGAGUGAGUGUGAUGCUUCUUUAUUAUAUUUUUCUCAAAUUUUCAUAUUCAAAUUAAAAUUUAAAACAUUAAUAUUAAUAGCUGUUGUAUGAACAAAAUUAAAAUUUGAUGCAAAAAUUAUAUUUGAACCCUUUUCUCCGAAUUGUGAA